CUUUCAAUCUCUUCUUCUCUGUUUCUCUAUAAAGUUUAUAAUUUUGUUUUUUUUUUAAAUUCUAUUUAUAGUAGCAAUUGGAUCUUGUAUAGUUGUUGGUAAAAGAAAAUAUUGAUACGAAUCAAAACCAGAUUAAAUGCUAAACAAACCAGAUUAAGCAAAAUCUGUUCUUUUUUUUUUUUGGGGUUUUGAAGUCAGACAUGAUGAGAGGUUUUGGUGGUGGUGGUGUUCUUCAUUUAUGGAUAGGCUUUAAGCUACAAAGGGAUUAAAAUAAGUUUGGCAAAAGAAGAUAUGUGCAAAUGUUAUGCCAGUGUAGAGGGGAAGUUUCUGCAAAAUCUUAGACGUUAUUUGAUGCUGCUUCUGUUCUAUCUUGUUCAUGGAGGCUGGUCUUAACACUGUCAUCAGACAUUAGUAUUCUAAAAUGUGUUUUAAUAACAACGAAACUGGUGAUGAAGUUGAAACCGAGAGGCAAGUGUUUGGUUUAUCCGAACAAGAUGAAUUUCGAGUUGGAGAUACUACUGGAAAUGCCAACAAUUUGAUACAGAUUUCUCAACAACAACCACCACUAGCUCCUGUUGUGAAGUGGGAGAGGUAUCUCCCGGUUAGAUCACUUAAGGUUCUUCUCGUGGAGAAUGAUGACUCAACACGCCAUAUUGUUACUGCCCUUUUGAAGAAUUGUAGCUAUGAAGUCACUGCAGCUUCGAAUGUCCUUGAAGCCUGGAGAAUCCUAGAAGACGAGAAGAGUUGCAUUGAUCUUGUAUUAACAGAGGUUGUCAUGCCUGUGCAAUCUGGAACUUGUCUGUUGUCCAAGAUUACGAGCCAUAAGACACUAAAGAACAUCCCUGUUAUAAUGAUGUCAUCUCAUGAUUCUAUGGUUCUGGUCUUUAAGUGUUUGUCGAAUGGUGCUGUUGAUUUUCUCGUGAAACCCAUUAGAAAGAACGAACUAAAGAAUCUUUGGCAACAUGUCUGGAGAAGAUGUCACAGUUCUAGCGGAAGCGGAAGUGAGAGUGCAAUACAGAACAAGAAGCCAGUGAAAACUGAAAGCUCUGAAGGGUCAGAAAACGAUGCCAGCAUUAGUGAUGAAGAUCAGGGGAAUGAAAAUGGGAGUAAUGGUUUGGGUGACCAAGAUGGUGGGAGUGAUAACGGGAGUGGAACGCAGAGUUCUUGGACCAAAAGAGCCGGUGAUAUCAACAGUAUCUCGCCUUCAUAUCAAUUUCCCGAUGGAACCAAUAUGAACCCGAGAACUAAUGGCAACAGAUUGGAUGAUGUUAAUAAACUGAAGGAAAUUGAAGAUCAGAAUGAACAGAUAGAUGAUUUUGCAGUAGGAAUGGGAUCGCAGGAAGGAAUGUUUAUAGGUAAAAAAGUUGAAGAACGAGGAAACCAUGACAAGGAUGCAAAAAAUCAUGUUCAAGCUUUGGAGAGAAACAAUGAUAACUCACAAGUAGAAAGCAAAGCACCUUCAUCUCUCCCAGAAGAUUUGCCAAGAGAGGCUGGGGAUUACAGAAUCGGUGAUCAAAGUGUUUUGAGGCAUUCCAGUCACUCUGCAUUCUCAAAGUACAAUAACUGUGCUACUUCUGCUUGUAAGGCUCCAGAAGAAAAUGUGGGAAGUUGUUCUCCUCAUGACAGUCCUAUUGCAAAACUGAUAGGUUCGGGUUCAAGCAGUGAUAAUCCUUUGAAUCAGCAGUCUAGUGGAAGCGAAAGAUCAGCACAAAGAGAAGCUGCUCUGAUGAAGUUUCGCCUCAAACGUAAAGAACGAUGUUUUGAGAAAAAGGUUAGGUACCAUAGCAGGAAGAAACUAGCUGAGCAACGGCCUCGCGUCAAAGGUCAAUUUAUUCGCAAGAGGGAUGAUACUAAAUCAGGAAGUGAGUGUCCAAGUAGUGACGACAGCUAAACAACGAAAUUGGUAUAAAAGAGAGAAUAGAUAUACACACUUAGAAGAUCUAAAGAACAAAAAAAAAAGUUUCACUAAAGUGGAGGGCAUAUAUAUACAGUAUAUACUUUUUUCAAAUAAAGUCUUACAAAGACUAUUGUCAUGAGAAUUUUCUUGUGUAUUAGUGUAUUGUUUAAAUAUCGUAUUUCUACAAACAUAAUAAUGUUGCUACAGAAUUUUCUUGUGCAUUAGUGUAUUAGUUCCUUCAAUCAUUUUACUCAGUAA